GUAAUUGAUCGUUAACACUUUUGUUUUUUAUAUAAUGUUUAUGUAUUUCCUAUGUAUUGCCGACAAUGGUUGUGCGUAGCGUCGUUUGGAUUUUAAGUUUUUUAUUUAUACAUAUCUUUUAUAAAUCGUACGCAUACAAUGUUAGAAAUCACCCGUGUUGUCAAGAGCCAAGUGAGAACCUCACUUUGGGGAUGAUUAUCGAUGCUUACGAAAUCUAUGGCCAUGAUCCUACAGAUAAGCUGGACUUCCUCGUACAUUACCAGAUAGAAAUGAUGAAGAUUAAACGCGCACGUGAUCAGUAUUUCAUCAAUGAAUACAUUCACAUCGCUACUGACCACUUGGGCAGGUUUAUUACUCUACAUAUUAAGGAAUUAAAGGUAUUACUGAUAGCUCUUGAGGACGCAAUAGACAAUAUGUUAACAAUGUAUGAUAACCAUAACGCUAUUAAAUCGGAGAGGGUGGCCACAUAUAACACGGGAUCCGGUGGCGCGGUGCCUACCGAGUUUUAUUUGAGUCAAGAGUUCUAUUGUGGUAAAAACGUUUAUCUAUUCGUAUCGGAGUUGUACAGUGAUAUUUACAAUAUGGGCCGAGGUCCUGCGCCAUAUUGUAAAAGUCGGGGCUUCCAUUUCCUCGGCUUUGUCCAUUAUAUGGAUGAAAACAGAUAUUUCUUAGAAGAAGACCCGAAUAUUGUAUUCCAAAUGGACAAUUAUAUUCACGGUUUAGAAUGUCAUUUGGGUAUGUGUAUAUUUAGAUUUCCUUUUAAAAAGAAUCUGCAGCACGUCAGAGACGUGUCGACGCUACCGAAGGCGAUUGUCAAAUGCGGCACUGACAUGUACAAGCUUCCCCCACUCACCGCCGCAUCGUGCGUCAUCACAUCCGGUUCCUUUAUACUUGACUUCAAUAUACAAGGAAUACGGUUCCGGCAUUACGAUUAUUUAUUGAUAAUGCCCAACGGACAUACAUAUUACACUAAAGAGAAGUUUUCUCCAUUAGUCUGUGACCAUCAUGUCUGUGAGUGGAACAAUACAAACUUCUAUGGAGGUCCAUUCAUAAUCCCCGGUGACCCGGGCACCGGCCUGUCCCCUAUUCCACCUUUCAUCGAGCAAACGACGGAAUACUUUCAACAGACCACAACAACUCCUAAUGAAUUCAAUCCAAAUAUAACAUACACAUUGGAUGGUUGUUGGUUCAUGUUUCCACCUAACUAUGGCUCGAUCGCCGGCAUCAGUUACCUCGACCCGCUCUCUAUAAAUGAAUAUCGCUACACAUGCCAAGGUGCUGGGACUAAUAAGGGUCUGUACUGGUAUCCGCAAUGGAUGGGCGCACCACCACACCAUCCAUACCCACAAUCAGAUGACGCGCCGGCAGACAUGCCUCAAGGCAUCGCUGGCUCGUACUACCCGCAUUUACAACACGUACCACCAAAUAUUCCAGUCUAAUAAAAUGUUAAAAAC